ACAGUUCAAUAAGCGUUGAAAUUUUUAUUUUAAAAAAAUAGAGAAAAGUCCAAGUCAAUAUUAUUUCUCUCAUUAAUUUUUUUUACAAUGUUCUAUGAUUGUAUUUAAUUUCUAUGAUGUAAAAGAUAUAAUAUAUGCAUACAAGAUGAUUAUAACAAAAGCAUCUCAAAACGGUAGACAAAAGUGAAGUUGCAUUCACGAGGAACGUGUCGUGCAAUUUACCAUUCAAUAAAAAUUUUCGGACUGACAGAACGUCAGCAGACAAAGAACGAUGACGUUCAUAAAUUUCAAUGUAUAAAGAAGUCAUUUUCGGAUUUUUCCUGUUGCAGAUGAUAUAGAAACAUGAGCGUGGAAUCAGAAGCAUCUGAUAAACUGGGAGAGAUCUAUACUUGGAUCGAACAAAUAACAUUCUCCAAGCCGAAGAAAAAUUUGGCUCGAGAUUUUUCUGACGGUGUUUUCAUGGCAGAAUUGUUAAAACGAUAUUAUCCGAAAUAUGUGGACAUACAUAAUUAUAUCCCUGGAAAUAGUGUUGCAAAGAAAAUAGAUAAUUGGUGUACAUUAAAUCGCAAGGUAUUUUCGAAACUUGAUAUGAAAUUAGGGAAGGAUUUAAUUAAACAGUUGGCUAAUUCGCAACCUGGAGUGAUCGAAAAGGUCUUGAUCGACUUGCGGGCUAAAAUUCUGAAGGACUGCAACGCUGAUAGGAACUCUUUGUAUUCUGAAUACGACGAAAACGCGAAGAAUGACGAAGUUAAGUCUGUGCUCAAUCCGGAGGAAAUAGCAAAUAAAACAGUUCCUCGCCACGUAUUUGUCCGACUUAAACAAGAACUAGAAGACAAAAAUGAAGUUAUAAAUUCACUUCAUCAGAAACUCUCUCAUCUACAGUCUCUGAUAAAGCUCAAAGAUCAACGGAUUUCCGAUCUUACGUCGCAGAUAAUAAAAUCCAGCGACUAUAAUUCGUCAUCCGCAAAUAUAAGCGUUACAAAUUCGAAGUAUCGAAACAAGGUGUAACGAAUAAAUU